AUGGGAUAUAAUGUAAGGGUUUUAGUUGAUGAUUUUUAUGAAAAAUUAGAAAACGGAGGAUUAGGUCUCGGGUGUACUGAGGGUGGUUUGAUGAUAGGAACCCUAAUGGCCACUCGCGGACGAGAUCGGGCCCGUUCACGAGAAAGUAGGAAUGCGCAACCGGCUGACAACCAUGCCAAAUUCAUGGCGGCCAUGGCUAAUCUGGCAAACACCAUGGAAGCUAAUGCUGCUGCGACUCUGCAAGCUAUGCAGAGGUUAGGCCAACUGACUGGAAACAGAAAUGGGAAUGGUGAAGGGAAUGCCAAUGAUAAUGCUGAGGGAAACAGCGAUAACACGGGAGGUGUUCCGAUGAGCUUGGCGAUGUUCCUCAAGGUUCAUCUGCCAAUUUUCCGAGGAUCAACUAAUCCUACUAAAGCGGACAACUGGUUCCAGGCCAUGGAGCAUGCUUUACAGGCGCAGCACGUUCCGAAUAAUCAAUAUGUUGAAUUUGCUGCUUAUCAGCUAGCAGGAGAGGCCCAGCACUGGUGGCAAACGGCCUUCUAUAAGAAGUACUUUCCUGAGUCUGCGAGUGAAGCAAAGGAGAUGGAAAUGAUGCAGCUGAAGCAACAUUCCUUGGCAGUGGUGGACUACACAAGCAAGUUUGAGGAGCUUUGUAGGUUUUCUCAGGUGUGUCAGGGUGCCCCAGAGACUUAUGAAUGCUGGAAAUGUAUAAAGUAUCAGAGGGGGUUGAAGGAUAGUAUUAUGACUACUGUGGCGCCUAUGGAGAUCCGUGUUUUCUCCGACUUGGUGAACAAAGCAAGAGUGAUUGAAGAGUAUGCCAAGACUGUAGUGGCAUCCAAGGAUACACAUGAAUGGAAUACUAGUAAGGGACGUGGAAAGUAUUUCCAUCCGAGAGGUCAAAGCUUCAGGAGAGGAGGAUAUCUGCCUCAAAAUUGUGGGUUUCCUGGCCACAUUGCGAGGGAUUGCACUCAUGGGAGGAACCAGAAUGCGGGCCAGAGUCAGCAUCAAGGUCGAGUCUUUGCUGUGAACGCUAAUGAUGCUUCUAAGGCAGAUCCAUUGAUGAGAGGUAUUUGUUUGAUUGGUGAUAAAUCUUUAGUUGCAUUGUAUGAUACUGGAGCAUUGCAUUCAUUUAUUUUAUUUGAUAAGGUUGAGGAACUAGGCUUGAAUGUGUCAGAGUUAGAAUUUGAUCUGUAUGUACAUACUCUGCAUCAGACGGUUAUGACUAGGUCAGGGUGUAGGAAAGUAGGUUUCAAGCUUGAGGGUAGAGACUUUGUGUAUGACUUCAUCUGUUUGCCAAUGAUUGGGUUGGAGAUGAUUUUGGGGUUUGAUUGGUUGUCAAAGAAUCGAGUGUUAUUGGAUUGCUUUGAGUGGUAA